CCUCCCGUCGCCCCGCCCCGUCCGGCCGCGGCCUCGGUCCCUCCGCUCCCCCCGUUCCCGGGUCCCCUGCCCCCCACGCGUCUCGCCAGCUUGCGGGGUCCAGCCAUGGGCCCUGCCGCGCGCCCCGCACUGAGGCCGGCGCCGCCGCCCCCGCCGCCGCCGCCGCCGCCGCCCCCGUCGCCGCUGCUGCUGCUGCUGCCGCUGCUGCCGCUGUGGCUGGGCCUGGCCGGGCCCGGGGCCGCGGCGGACGGCAGCGAGCCAGCGGCCGGGGCGGGGCGGGGCGGAGCCCGCGCCGUGCGAGUGGACGUGAGGCUGCCGCUGCAGGACGCGCUGGUCCUGGAGGGCGUCAGGAUCGGCCCCGAAGCCGACCCGGCGCCCCAGCUGGGCGGCCGCCUGCUGCUGAUGGACGUCGUGGAAGCCGAGCAGGACGUGCCCGCAGAAGGCUGGAUCGCGGUGGCCUAUGUGGGCAAGGAGAACCAGGAGAGUCAGGGCAGUGGCCCGCAGGCCUAUCCCAAGGCCCUGAUCCGGCAGAUGCAACGGGCCCUCUUCCUGGGAGCUUCUGCCCUGCUUCUCCUUAUCUUGAACCACAACGUGGUCCGGGAGCUGGACAUCUCCCAGCUCCUGCUCAGGCCGGUGAUCGUCCUCCAUUACUCUGCCAACGUCACCAAGCUGCUGGAGGCUCUGCGGCAGCGGGCCCAGGCCACAGCCGAGAUCACCAGCGGAGAGUCCCUGUCGGCCAACAUCGAGUGGAAGCUGACUCUGUGGACCACCUGCGGCCUCUCCAAGGAUGCCUACGGAGGCUGGCAGGACCUGGUAUGCCUGGGAGGCAGUCGUGCCCAGGAGCAGAAGCCCCUGCAGCAGCUGUGGAACGCCAUCCUGCUGGUGGCCAUGCUCCUGUGCACAGGCCUUGUGGUCCAGGCCCAGCGACAGGCGUCGCGGCAGAGCCAGCAGGAGCCUGGAGGCCAGGUGGACCUGUUCCAGCGGCGCGUGGUGCGGAGACUGGCAUCCCUCAAGACGCGGCGCUGCCGCCUGGGCAGGGCUGCGCAGGGCCUGCCGGGGCCCGGCACCGAGACCUGCGCCGUGUGCCUGGACUACUUCUGCAACAAGCAGUGGCUUCGGGUGCUGCCCUGUAAGCACGAGUUCCACCGGGACUGCGUGGACCCCUGGCUGAUGCUCCAGCAGACCUGCCCGCUGUGCAAGUUCAACGUCCUGGGGAACCGCUACCCAGACGAUUAGCUGCCCGGGCAGGGACUCUGCACGUGGGGACGGAACCCUCUCGCCUGCACCCCGGCCUUCAGCCUGGGCUCCUGGGACAGAACAGCAAGCCCUGUGGAUGGGAGGACUAGGGCCCUGCCACGGGGCAAGGCAUCCCACCUUGGGGCCUGCAGCCCCAGGCCAAGGAUGGAGGGUCAAGACCCACCGGAAAGGAAGAGGGGGCCGUUCUCUGCAAUCCUGAGACAUCUGUCUGCCCCUCUCAUAGCAGCUCCCGGAUGACGUGGGGCUGGCACUGCUGUCCCCUGUGGCCUGUCCGGGUGUUUGUGGGGGCUGAGGGUAUGGCGGCCAGGUUUUAGGCUUAUUUAUUGGGGGUGAAUUUGAAGCAAGAGCUGUCUGGCCUAGGGGCACUCUGGUCUGACCGUCUUCCAGGAUACAUCUUGGCCAAGGCUGUGAUGUUGAAUCCAGAGCUCCCCCUACCGUCUGCCGCCCUGGGCAUUGGGAGCUGUGGGCCCCGCUGCCUGUCCAGCUGGGUCCCUUCUCAGGCUGGGUGGGACCAGAGGCCUUAGACACCAUGCGGCCCUGGACCUGCUAAGUUGGGGCUGUGAGUUGCUGUCCGGGAUACUUGAAGCCACAGGAUCAAUGUGGUGCGUCUUCCAGGGGCAUCUGUUUUUGUUUUGUUUUUUAAGAGUUGCGGUAGGGAAGGUUUAAUAUUAAAAUAAAUAUGGUUAUAUUUUAACAUAA